GCAGAUAAGUAUCCCAUUAGAGUAAAUACCAGGAAUAAUGUUAACUUUCUUAAAGGAGAGAUUAAAUGGAUAUUUGUUUGUAACAAGGCCAGGGACAUAGAGCUAUGGAGGACAGAGAUGCCUAAUGAUUCAGAGGAUACUUUUACAAAUCUCAAGAAGAAUGAAGAGUUGAAUGAAGCAAUGGCACUUUUAAAAGUACGGGAUCAAGAAGAGCAUAAUGAGCAGGUUCCUGAUGCUGAAGAAAUAAAUAAUGAUCAGAUCGAUAAUGGUGGAGAAAUAAAUGAUGAUUAUUAUUGCUUCUCAUAA